CCCAACAUGCUCCGCGCUCCCCUGUGAGAGGCCCAGCGGGGAGGACUCCAUCUUCCGACAUGCUCAGCGGCUCUGGAAGAGAGUGGGCGGAGUCAGCGGCGGGCGGAGGCGGCUCAGAGGCACUCAGCGCAGAGACACGGAGGAGGAGAGAAAGCGGCGGGGAGACCGGGGAGAUACCGGGAGAGCGCGUGAGGCAGCACCUAGAGCAGCCAGUGGGAGACCGGGAAUCCCCUGAUAGACAUCAGUCUUCACCCAAGUUACCGGAGAGAUCGCGCAGCAGGAGAGCGCCAAGACUGACACCCCGGAGAGCCAACACUGCCCCUGGACACGGGCCCGGAGCUCCGCUCUCCACAAGCUCACCCAGGUUCCAGGGAUGAUGUGACCAUGCUGACCGUGACCGGAGCUGGAGCAGCCAUGAGUGGCCGAGAGCAGCAGGAGCCGGCAGGCAAUGAUGGCAGUACGGCAGGCCUUGUCCCCCGCAGCCUGGAGAAUGGGGAAGCCCCCUCUGAGAGACGCACCCCACAUCACAAAGAGGGAGAGAGGGGUCGCAGAGUGAAUUUGGCCUGCAGAUACUCACGUACUAGAGACACAAAGUACAGUGGGCGGAGCGUUAAGCACGAGAAUACCACUCAGACUCACUCGGAACAUCACAUUGGCUCCCCUUACGCAUCACCUCAAGACGAGGAUUCUCGCUCUCUACGACACGAAUCUUGUGGCCGGACUGCUAAAUCUAACUGUCGUCAAGCAUCUGCAGGGUCUACUAAACUGGGUGUGGAUGGUAUUCUCACCCUAUUAAGAAGAAAGUGUGGCAACGGACGUGUUAACCUUCAGCCAGUUGUAAGGCUGAUGGAUAUUAUGAAGGAUCUUAACCAGCUUUCCAAUGAUCUUCGAUCUAGUGGGGUACGUCUGGACUAUGCUGAUGUUAGCCCUCCAACAGAACCAGAAGACACAGAGCCUGGAUUACAGUACAGUUUCUUUUCAUCUCACAGCCUUGCCUGUGGCUUGCGCAGCCCUGAGGAGAAGCCCCAAGAGACUGUAGAGAAGGAGCAAAACAUACCUGUCUCACCCAACCCAGACUCUAUGGGUUUAGCAAGCUCACAAGUCCUUAGAGAAUUAGCAGCUUUAGCCUGGAUGGAACCUCAGCCUGCAGAAAGUGAGAGGGACCAAGAGGAGGAGGUUGUUAGUAAAAAAGAAGAGAUGGAGGAGAGUAAAAUCAAACAGGAAGAUGGGGAUUCAGGAGAGGAGAAUGAAGCAAAUAAACAGGAAGAAAGCAAUGAAUCAGGAGAAGAACAUGAGGAAAGUAAGCAGGAGGAGGAUUCAGGGGAUGAGCAGGAGAGUAAACGGGAAGAUGAAUCAGGAGAGGAGCAUGAAGAGAAUAAACAAGAUGAUGAUUCAGGAGAGGAGCAAGAGGAGAGUAAACCCGAAGAUGAGUCAGGGGAAGACCUGGAAGAGAGUAAACAGGAAGAGGAAUCAUCUGGUGACGAUCAAGAAGAGAAUAAACGGGAAGAGUCAUCAGGAGAAGAGCAAGAAGAGAAUAAACAGGAAGAGUCAUCAUCAGAAGAAGAGAAAGAGGAAAAUAAACAUGAAGAAUCAUCAGGUGAUGAGCAGGAAGAGGAAUCCGAAGUGAAAGAGGAACAGAUUGCAGAAAUGACUCAGGAGAAUGAGUUUAAGACUAUAGUUGGCCAUGAACAUGAAACUCCCAUAAAAGAUGGAGACGAAGAAAUGAGAGAGGAAGAAAAGGAAGAUCUACUUGAGGAGAGGCAUGAAAUGAUUAAGGAGAUGGAGAAGAAACCAAUGGAAAGGGAAAUUAGAAUAGAGCCACGGUUUGAUGAGGAGCUUCCCUGGAUGCUCCCUCUCUUUUCCCCUGCAGCAGAGACUAUCAGACGUUUGCCAUUUUCUCAUCGAGGAGGUCCUAGGUUUGGACCAAGAGGCCGCAGAGGUGAUAGAGGGGGUAGAGGGCGUAGGAGGAGACCAGGAAGACCAAGAACAUCAGAGAGCUUGUCUCGAGCUCAUGUUAUGCCUCCAUACCAACGAACUCCAGAUGAGCCCAGAGCCUAUCGUCUCCAUGAGCCAACUCUGCUUCACCCACGCCCAACAAUCAUGCAGCAGCUUAAUGAGACAGAACCUAAAGUAGAAGAAGGUCCCCCAAAGAAGCCAAAGCGCAGAGGCAUGCGUAAGAUGGUGGUACGCAUUGCUAAGAUCCCAAUGCCUAUGGGCAGGAGAAACAAGACCAGCUACAAAGUGUCAUCUUUUAGUAGCUCCCUAAGUGUAGAAGGGGGAGAGUUAAUUGGAGGUUCUGGCCCAGGCCCCACUUCCCUCCUGAAGAUGAAAAACAAUGGGCGAAAUGUUGUGAUGGUGUUCCCACCAGGGGAACUCCCCAUUAUCCUCAAGAGGAGAAGAGGGCGACCUCCCAAAAAUCUUGUGCUGGCACGGGAAGCACCACCAAUGAUUUCACAGCCUCUUCCAGCUGAACCCAUUGCCCCUCCCCCUCCUGUUCCUCAGCCACCCCCACCAUUGCCUGAGGGUGAGGUGGUAAAGAAGAGGAGAAGAAGGAAACAGAAGCUAGCAUCUCCCCAGCCAUCUUAUGCUGCUGAUGCCAAUGAUAGCAAAUCAGAAUACAGUGAUGUUUUGGCAAAGCUGGCAUUCCUUAACCGCCAGAACCAAGGAGCUGGGCGCACCUCUCCUCCUCGCUGCUGGACACCAUCACUGCCGGAGUCUGUACAUCAGGCUCCUGAUACACACAGUAUUUCACAAUAUCUUCACAGAGUACAAGGAUACCGCAGGCGAGGAGGGCGAGGAGGGGGACCAGGUCGGCGAGGAGGAUGCAACAGCCACAAUGCUGACCUGUCCCGCUGCUCUUUUAGUGAGUUUUUUGAGGGAAUUGGCAAGAAGAAAUCAAAACCCCGACCUGUUGAUCCUCUAAAACCUCGGAAACGGAGGCAACCACGAGUAGAGCCAGAUCCUAAUGCCAAGCCUAAACGUAAAAGGAGAUCCAGAAAGAAUGGUGCAAUGCUUGAUGACAUGACAAAUGAGGGAGUAGGAUACUCUGGUAUAUCUGAAUGGGGUGGAGAGGGCAAGGGAGGCCCAUGGCUAUCACAGCUCUCCCACAGCCAGUCUAGCAAUAGACAUUGCAGUUACCAGGGGCCUGAGCACAGAGGAUUUGCUGCGAUAAAUAGUGAAUCCCCAAGUCGGCCAGGGUACUACCCAGGAGGAAAUUCUGGUUCAACAACCCAAACUGAGGGAGGAAGUCAGGAUAGACAUGGACUCUUCACUGGAUAUUUCCGCUCCCUUUUAGAUUCAGAUGAUUCCUCUGAUUUAGUGGAUUUUUCCAUGGCUGCCCAAAGACAGGAAGCCCGCAAGUCAGCAUCUGCAUUUUCAGGAUCGUCCUCUUCUCCAAACCCAAGGACACUCCAGUCCUACUCAAGUUCCCGGGGAGCCAAAGCCAGCAUCCAGGAGUCAUCGUACCAAAGCCAAGGGCAAACAAGGCAGCCCUUUCCACCAAACAGGGGGGCAACAAGCUACUCAGCACUAACUCAGCCAGAGUGCCGUGGCUCUGAAGCCUUCCAAAAAUUGCUUUCACGCUCUCCAACCUCACACCAUGCUGGGAACUUUGGACAGUUUGGAGGGUUUGCAGGAUCUGGUGUUCAAAACAUGUCUGGACAUGGGAUCUUUGCUCCUAACAAGCAAUAUCCUGGACCUCCAGACUGUGUGGGAAACAAGGACUGUAGCUUCUCUUUCAGUGGUGGUGCCAACAGCCUACCCUCAUCACCAGGCAGUGCCCACAGCAGCACUGGCUUCAACCAGCAACCACAGCAAACUUCAGUAGUGGGUUCAGGAAACAACUUAUCUAAAAACCCCUUUUUCAACACAUCGGAGUUACCACCUUUUCCGCCACUGAGGAGUGAGAGUCGCUCUGGCACUUCUUCCCCUGCUGGCUACAUGCUACCCAAGGUUUCAGGACCACUUUUUCCUGGGGAAAACAAUCGUCCUUUUCCAGGUGCCUCUGGGACAGGACAGUGGGGAUUCAGACAAGGUUAUGGACAGACAGACUGGGGCUCUGAAAGUUUUAGCCAAUUGUAUGGCCCUGGGUUUGACUGUCAUAUGACAGAGCCCAAUGUAAUUCUGGACAUUAGUAACUACACACCACAGAAAGCCAAGCAGAACACAGAUAAUAUGUCUGAGUCCUCCUCUGACAGCACACAAUACACACAACCUGGUACUGGCUACCGUAGAGCUAACAGUGAAGCAUCAUCAAGUGAGGGCCAAUCAAGCUUGUCCAGUUUAGAGAAGUUAAUGAUGGAUUGGAAUGAAACAUCCUCUGCACCUGGUUAUAGCUGGAACCAGAGUGUUCUUUUUCACCAAGCAGCCAAGCCAGGAAGGGGACGCAGAAAGAAGGCAGACAUUUUUGAUCCUUCCCAGCAACACCAUCACCUUGGUUUUUCCUCUUCUUCCCCAUCCUCCUCCUCUUCCUCUGCUACUGCUCCACCAACUGGCUUUCCUACCAAAAGAGGCGGAGGACCCAGAGGCCCACGUGGUGGUCGAGGGGGAGGCUGUGCCACUGGCAAGAAAGAGCGGGGGUCAGGCAAAAACAAAUUUGCUCCCAAACCACCUGCUCCUCCACCUUCUUCAGUUAACUCCCUAUUUCACGAGACUUCAGAUCUUGGACUUGACUGCUAUAGUGGGGACAGCAGCAUGUCUCCACUUCCCUCUCAUUCUCGGGCAUAUGGGUUGAGCGAGAGAGAACCCCCCUGCGACUUUUCUGGUCCUUAUUCCAUGAAUCCGUCCACCCCUUCUGAUGGCACCUUUGGCUUCCAGAGUGAUUCCCCUGGACUUGGCCCUCCUACCACUGAGCUAGAGCCUGGUAAACACUUUUCCCAUCAUCCUCAAGCUGGAGGCAGCAACACAGUGGGUGUGCCUCAUCCUCCAGUGCCACCCCCAAGCCUAGGCUAUGAUCACCCUCUGCAGGACUCUCCCUUUUCCCCAAAUUGCUCACCUACAUUGGAGCUGCGACCAGGGGAAGGAAGGAAGCUAGUUCCCACACUUCCCUCAUCCUGUGAUCCCCUGAAACAUGGUUUGCCCCCACAUCUACCCUCUUGUAGAGAGCAGCUUCCCCCUCAGCCCCCAAGUCAUCACCGUUAUGAUCCACCCAGCUGUAAGAAUGCUGGUUACUGGUACCCACCCUGUAGCCCACCCUAUGAUGGCAAGGGGGGGUUAUUAUCGGACUUCAUGGGCAGGAGGGGAGAUGGAGUAUCCUGCCUGAGCCCCCACAUCCCCAGCCCCAAAAGAGACAAAGAGACGCUGGACAUGGUGAGGGGACACCACAGAAACCCUUAUCCUUGCCCUUUACUCAAUGAUAUCACCCACUCCCCUGUGCAGAGAGACUCUAUGGUGCAGCUCCAGGAUUCCUACCGCUACCCGGCCUUUCCCCCACAAGGUCCCCCCAUCCUUUCCCCCCCCAACAUGAAGGGUGGGUUCAUGGGGCCUGAUAAUAUGCCUGAGGACAACUUCACAGUCACCUCCCUCUAGUGGAGGUGACAAGUCUGGAAACAUCAGAAGCAGCGGAGGCCGGGGGGGUGAGAGAGUGAAAAAUCUCCAGCACAUUUGAGGGGCAUCAGUGAUGGUAGAAUUUUCCCUCUAUAGUAUUCCCAAUGGCCAUUUUAUUAAAAAAAAAAAAAGAAAAAAAAUUCUUAAAAAUAGUUUGAUCUUAAUUUAGAUCUGUUUUUAUUAUAUUCUGAUAACCCCUAUUUUAUAUGUUUAUUCUGACUCAAUACAAUAUGGCGGAGAAGGAUAUCAGGGAAGCACAAAUUUUAAAAGGGCAGUGAAAUUAUUUGAAAUUGGCAGCUCAGCCACCCUCUUCAAUUUCCCCAAGAGUAAUUUGGAAGCUUUUAACAAUCCCUAGCGUAUAAAUCCGUUUCCUUGAAUGGUCAGUUAUGUUUAGAGGUAGGAAGUGGGGAUGCUGAAGAACUGGGUUCCUUAGUGGUAGCCCCCUAUCUACCCUUUAAUCCCCGCUCCCCUCCCAGCUUGCAGUUUGAGCAGCAAUGAGAUGGAGGUGCCUGGAAUCCUGUCUGCAUACAGCGUGGAGUUAGAGGAGGGAGCAGAGCAUGGAAUAAUAGCUCAGACCCUCCUCUCUCCACGGAAAUCAGAAAAGAUGCCAUGAAAUCUCCUGAACCUUCACCCCCACAAACCAUGAGUGCUCUGCCCUGCCCCGCCCCUCUCCUUCCAAAGCUCUGGACACCCCUUUUUUCCACUCAUCUCUCCUCCUCCUGAAGGAAAAAUUUUUGUUUUUUUGCUUUUUGUUUUUGUUCUGUUUCUUCACAAAACCAGCAAAAAUUGUACAUAAGAAAUUUUUUUAAAAUGUUAGAAAAAAAUGUAAAAAAAAAAAUAUACAAAGGGAGCUUGUGUGUGAGGGGGGAGGGGGAGAGUUUGAUCUGUUACCCACCUCAUGGUCAGAGUUAUCUGCAAUGCAUUGGCAACUCUGUCAAGGAAAUGGUUAUCUGCCCUCUUUUCCCUCACAUACCCUCAAUUCGCCAUCCCUCAUUCCCUUCUUGCCCCCUCCAACCCGCUGCACUGAACUUGCGUAUGUUAAACCCUCUCCCCCCUCCGGCGGUUAAAACUAUUUAUUGUAAAUAAGGAUUUCUCAUAAAUUGUGUAUUGUCCAAAAA